AACCCGCCAAAACCACGGUAGGUCGAAGUAUAACAUAGUGCACGUGUGUGCGUGUGUUGGGUUUGAAGUUUGAACCAUUUGGGUCGCACAGCCGAAAAAUGAAGCGAACUCUGCGGUUCAAGCGAGUCUCCCCGAAACUCAAGAAGCCGAUUCCCACGAUCGGACCCGUCUGCGAUGACGACGGGACUCAACCGAUUCAGCCACUGGAAACGAAGUCCACACCAAUCUCAGAGCUGCCCAUUGAUAAGAUGACGAUCCUGCCCUCCACAUUCUUCCAGAUUGACGCCCUUGACCUCGCCCCGCGUUUGCUCGGCAAGUUUUUAAGGAGAGACGAUGUUGUUCUCCAGAUUACUGAGGUAGAAGCUUACAGACCAAAUGAUUCAGCUUGUCAUGGUCGAUUUGGGGUUACGGCAAGAACAGCCCCUAUUUUUGGAGCAGGUGGGCAUGCAUAUGUUUACCUUUGCUAUGGUCUUCAUGCAAUGUUGAAUGUUGUUGCUGAUAAAGAAGGAGUUGGGGCUGCUGUCUUAAUCCGUUCCUGUGCACCAAUUAGUGGAUUGCAGACAGUUCAGCACCGUCGAGGUCAGAAGACCGAUAAGCCUGUUCUCCUUACAGGACCUGGAAAGGUUGGUCAAGCACUGGGACUUUCGACAGAAUGGUCUAACCAUCCCCUUUACACGCCUGGUGGUUUGGAAAUCUUAGAUGGUCCAGUGCCUGAGAAGAUGUUGAUUGGUCCCCGUGUUGGCAUCGAAUAUGCUUUACCUGAACAUGCAAAUGCAUUGUGGAGAUUUGCUAUUGGAGGAACCCCUUGGAUUAGUGCUCCUAAAAACACUCUCAGGCCACAUUCAUCUUACAAUUCUUGUCCAAAGGAGGCAAAAAACACUUGACCUGUAAAUACUUAAGCCCCAUCUAUAUGUAAAUUGAAAUGCAGCUUUAAUAUACAGUGCACUUGGCUUUCUAAUA